CAUAAAGACAGUGAGAAGAAAGACAUCAAUAAAAUUGAGAACAAAUUGAAGCCAAAGAAGAAGAGUAAAAAUGUGGCGAAAUAUGACGAAUAUGUGAUCGACUCGUCCGACGAAGAGGACUUGAGGAAUACGAUCGGAAACAUACCCUACGAGUGGUAUAAUGACUUCUCGCACAUUGGGUAUGACUUAAGCGGAAAGAAGUUAAUAAAACCCCCAAAAGUGGAUGAAAUGCAAGAGUUUCUCAACAAAAUGGAAGAUCCGAUGUAUUGGCGAACAGUGAAGGACCGGAUGACGGGUCAGAAUGUGAUCCUAACGGACAAUGACGUGGAGAGCAUCCAGAGGGCCAGAAAAGGCAAAUUCCCGGAUCCGGGAUAUAACCCAUACGAACCGUUCAUCGACUUCUUCACGUAUGAGAAGCUCAUACAUCCCGUCACUAACAGACCGGAACCGAAGGCCAGUUUCAUCCCAUCGUUGUCUGAGAAGCGAAAGAUCAGCAAAUUGGUGGCCGCCAUC